AUGGUGCGGAUUUGGGUGUUGCUUGUGGGCUUGGUGGUGGCGCUUAGGCUUGCCCCAGCUUUCAUCCCCACCGCUGGUGUCGCUCCAAAGCUUGCACCUGGAGCCUUUGCACCACCUCGAGCAGCAGAAGCGCGGCAGGUGCAGGAUAGCAAGGGUGCCCUCGCUGCUGCUGUGCUUGGCCUUGCAGCCGUUGUUUGCAAGGCGCGUCCCAGCGCCAACCGCCAGGGCCGCCAGGGCUUUGAGAUCACUGUGGUAGCACCCGAGUCACCUGCACUGGCGGGUGGAUCUGUGAGCCAAAGUGAGAGCAAACCCAGCCGUGGCAAAGUGGCCAGACGCAGUCUCUACAGCUGCUACACUCUUUACUUCCGUCGCUGGCGCUACUAUGAGGAUCGUGCUCGUCGCAAUCUUCGAAAUCGUGCGUACAACAUUUUCAUGAAGAACCGGUAUAAGAAGGCUAUGAAGAAGGUGCUGCGGUAUUGUGCAGAGCUGGAAUUUGACGACAAGCAGCCGGAUAGCUUCCAACAAGUCAUGGACGAAGUCAAGGAUAUGCUAGAUGAGGCUUGUGAGAUCAUUGACGAGGUGACAGUGCAAGGUGUGCUUCAUAAAAACACUGCUGCCAAGCACAAGGACCGCCUCUUCAUAGCGAUUCUGCGGGGCUCAGUGAAGAAGGGGCUCAUCCAGAAACCAGAAGAUCCCUUCACACCGGCCUGGAAGGUAAUCGGCUACACCCUGCCUGAGUGCAACAUGCUUCGGGAGCCAAGGCCUUGGCAGUUGCCAGGCUGGAAGUCUCCCUGGAUGCUGAAGAGGGAGUGGGAGAAGUGGCGCAAGUUGUCCGGCCGCAAGUGA